CGAUUGUCACCUUUAAGUGUGGCCCGUUUCCCUCCGUAAGUUGGGACUCUUCAAGAGAGCCAGAUCCCGACCCUCGGGCCCCAUUAUUUUAUCCUCAUCCCAUCAGUCCGUCAGUGCACAUCGCCCGUUGUUGCCGCGUGCUGAGCCAGUGACGGUUGUUAGAAGACCUCUUUAUAUAUCCUCUUGCUUCCCCCAACCUUCCCCAGCAGUUGUUUGCAUAUCCGUGUGUCCAUCUUUCCACCUUUCAAUCUAUUCGCCCUAUUCCACCUCUUCUGUGGAGUAUUAUUUAACCCUCUGGAGCAACGACUUCACUGGCAUUGACAUCAAGGACUUCUCUAUUCUUUCCACGAGCGCCAUCGCUCGACCUUCAUAUCAACAAUGUCUUACUCCUGGGUCGGCGCACCCACCGAAUUCAAUGGCACAUCUCCGUUGGGUGGUGAUUCCACCAACGAAAACUUGAACCAAUGGUACCAAUCUGGUGACCAGGCCUACAUUCUUAUCGCCUCGGCUAUGGUGUUGAUCAUGAUUCCGGGUCUUGGGUUCCUCUACUCUGGUCUCGCACGCAGAAAGUCAGCGCUCAGUAUGAUCUGGGCGUGUAUGGCUUCGUGUUCAGUCAUCACCUUCCAAUGGUACUUCUGGGGAUACUCUCUGGCUUUCUCAGACUACGCAACCAACGGCUUCAUUGGCGACUUGCAAAAGUUUGGUCUCAUGAAGACUCUUGGUGCUCCCUCUCCCGGCUCGCCUCUGAUUCCUGAGCUUCUCUACGCAUUCUACCAGAUGCAAUUCUGCGCCGUUACCGCCGCUAUUGUUGUUGGCGCCGUCGCUGAGCGUGGUCGCCUGAUUCCUUGCAUGGUCUUCAUCUUCUUCUGGGCCACUCUCGUCUACUGCCCCGUCGCAUGCUGGGUUUGGGGUGCCAACGGAUGGGCCUUCUCCUGGGGUGUUCUCGACUACGCUGGUGGUGGUCCCGUCGAAAUCGUCUCGGGUAUGUCUGCCCUCGCCUACUCGAUGAUUCUCGGAAGACGUCAAGAGAAGAUGAUGCUCAACUUCCGUCCCCACAACGUCUCUCUCAUCACCCUCGGUACCGUCUUCCUCUGGUUCGGUUGGUUGGGCUUCAACGGUGGUUCUGCUUUCGGUGCCAACCUUCGCGCUACCAUGGCUUGCUGGAACUCCAACUUGACCGCCAUGUUUGCUGCUAUUGCUUGGGUUGUUCUUGAUUGGAGACUUGCUCGCAAGUGGUCCAUGGUCGGUUGGUGUUCCGGUACCAUCUCAGGUCUCGUCGCUGCCACUCCCGCUUCCGGUUUCAUCACUCCCUGGGCCUCCGUCGUUCUCGGUAUCACCACUGGUAUCGUGUGCAACUUUGCAACCAAGAUCAAGUUCUGGAUCCGUAUUGAUGACGCUAUGGAUGUGUUCGCUGAGCACGGUGUCGCUGGUAUGGUUGGUCUCUUCUUCAACGGUAUUUUCGCCGCUUCCUACAUUAUCGGUCUCGAUGGUGUCAACAACGGUAUCGACGGUGGUUGGAUCCAGCACAACUGGAAGCAGCUUUACAUGCAAAUUGCCUACAUCGCCGCUGUCACCGCCUACUCUUUCGUUAUCAGCGCUGCCAUCGCCUUUGUUAUCAACAAGAUUCCUGGACUCCACCUUCGCGCUUCUGAGGAGGCUGAGCUUCUCGGUAUGGAUGAUGACCAGCUCGGCGAGUUCGCCUACGAUUACGUUGAGGUUCGCCGUGACUACCUCGCCUGGACUCCCGCCCGCGACCAGCCUGAGACCGCCGACCACCAGAUCCCUCAGGGUGACCGCCACGGUAUCCCGCAACACUCGCAAAUGCUCGAGGGCAAAGCUCCCAGCGAGAGCGACAGCCAAGGAAACGAGCACACCGGUAUUGGUGGUGACCGCCACGCAGUCGCCUACGAGAAGGCAGAGCGUGAACAGCGCACUUUGGACGGUUAAACAACCCCCUCUGCCUUUCUUCUUAACGACCUCUUGUUUUUCAUGUUUUGCGACAAAGAUCUUUGCGUUCUAGGGGUUUCUGAACAAAAGUCUACGUUUAUUAGACCGACGCUGGUCCUCGGUGCACCAAUCUUGUUAGAACUAUCCUAUUUUUUUGUUUCCGGGGAGCGGGUUUUGUUGAAGAGUUGGGAUAUUUGUUGCGCGAUACCACCACCAUAUUGUUUUUCUCAUUCUAUUUGUAUAUCUUUCUAUACUUCGAUCUACUAUACCCGAUGGUAAUACACCUAUUUUGGAUCAAUAUGU